ACGAGACCGAGCAGUGAGACUCGGAUCAUAACAGUGUUGCUGACUGACGAGCGCAGCCAACAAGAGGCUAUCGACCUUGUUGCCAGUAUUCUUUGUGGCGGUGGAAGCGGGACUGCCUUGACUCUCCUGACCUGCCUGUGUUCACCGCUACCAGGCCUCAAGCCGGGGAGACGACGACGACCCCUCUCUCCGGUCGGGACUUCUUCUUUUUUUGGAGGCUGUGAACACACCGUUGUCGGAGGACGCCUGCUGUCAGGACAAUGAGGCUCCCGACACCGCUGCCCUCCGUCGGGCUGACAACCUGCACUCUGGUGUUAGUGUUGCCGCUGCUCGGGUCCUGUCAUCCGGCACCCACCUCGGGACAGCCCAGCCUGGUGUUCAUGGACCAGUUCAACAGCCCACGGAUUCGAUUUAGCUGGAGGAAUGCCACCUGUUACCUGUGCAAAACAGUCUUCACUAUUGUUGAUAUCGCCCUUCUGAGUGAUGCAAAUGAAGAGCGAGUGGCACAUGCCUUGGGUGAGGCAUGUAUUCGUCUCCAUCUGGCUAAUGAGCAGGUGUGUCGAGAUAUAACAGAGCUGUUCAAGGACGACUUCAUCCGGGCCCUGCAGGAGUCUCUGCUGCGACCCACUGAAGUGUGUGCCCUGCUCGUGAGCCCUUCCUGUGGCAAAUUUGACCUCUACGCACCCUGGAACAUCACCUUGCCAAAGAUCCCUAAGCCCCCUGUUACACCACCCUCUCCGCCAAAACCUGGUUCUCCAAAGAGCAGGGUCCUGUUUUUAACUGACAUCCACUGGGACCAGGAGUAUGAAGCCGGCAGCACCGCAGACUGCAAGUACCCUCUGUGUUGUCGUAAAGACUCAGGCUUUCCCAGCUGGAGGCGGAGAGAGGCUGGGUACUGGGGAACCUACAGUAAGUGUGACCUGCCUCUACGUACAGUGGAGAACCUCCUGGAAAAUGCCGCCAGAGCCGGACCCUGGGACUGGGUCUACUGGACCGGAGAUAUACCAGCACACAAUGUUUGGUCUCAGACCAGGAAACAACAGCUGUCAGAGCUUAAAGUUAUCUCCAGGCUCAUCCACAAGCACCUAGGACUUAAUGUGACAGUUUACCCUGCUGUAGGGAACCAUGAGAGUACGCCAGUGAACAGCUUCCCACCACCCUUCAUUCAUGGCAACAGAUCCUCCGCCUGGCUCUAUGAUACAAUGGCAGAGGAAUGGUCAGCAUGGUUACCAGAGCAGGCUUUGAAGACUUUAAGAUAUGGAGGAUUCUACACAUUGGAGAUUCAACCUGGUCUAAGAGUCGUCUCUCUCAACAUGAACUUUUGUGCUCGAGAAAACUUCUGGCUGAUGGUGAAAUCUAGUGACCCUGGGAACCAGCUGCAGUGGCUAGUCCAUAUACUCCAGGCCAGUGAGGACAAGGGAGAGAAGGUACAUAUUAUUGGUCACAUCCCACCUGGCCUGUGCCUUAGCAGCUGGAGCUGGAACUACUAUCAAAUUGUCAACAGAUAUGAAAGUACAAUUGCUGGACAGUUUUUUGGCCACACGCACCUGGAUGAGUUCCAUAUGUUUUAUGACGCAGCAACCAUGACCCGCCCACUGGGUGUGGCAUUCAUUGCUCCCAGUGUCACCACUUAUGUUAAUCUUAACCCAGGAUACCGUGUCUACUAUGUUGAUGGGGAUUACCGAGGCAGCUCUCGGCUAGUGCUUGACCAUGAAACCUACAUUCUCAACCUCACAGAGGCAAACCACAGUCCAGGGGCACCCCUCAGCCCAGAAUCAAACCCCAAAUGGACACUGCUCUACCGCGCCACUGAGGCCUAUGGUCUUUCCAGUCUGUUCCCUUCUGAUUACGAUGGGCUGAUACAGACCUUUAUCAAGGACGACCAAGUCUUCCAAAAGUUCUGGCACUUUAGAUAUAAAGGACACGUGUCGGAGUCCUGCAAGGAGACCUGCAAAACCACAGUGCUCUGCUUUCUGCGAAGUGGGCGCUACGAUCAGCUGGAGCAAUGCGAUCUCCAUAAUGGUUUUGGAGGAGAGUUGGCCCGGGCUGCCAGAACAACUCUUUGUUGAUCUGAGGAAGUUGGACUGAAUACAACGGACCAAAUAUGACAUUGAGCCAAAAAAUUUAUUUUUCCUGUUGCUGGUGGGUCAAGUAGGAUUGUUGUGUUUGUUUGUAACAACAAACAGUUCAUGUACAUUUCAUAAACCUGACAAUGAGUGUGAAGAGUUUUGAGUUAGGCCUUGUGUUGUCAGUAAUUUUUUCACAUAGACAUUUAACCGAUUGUGUUUGGCAACAGGGCUCGGGGUUGUCAGUUAGUGUUUUGCAAUGCCAGUUGUGUAAAGACUGCUUUAAAGUGUCUUGAAACGAUGUUCUGUUUACUUGAAAUGCAGAGAAUGGCAGGGAUUAAGUGGUUUGUUCAAAGUUGUCAUGAUUUUGGCAGUCCUACUUUACUGGGUGCCUUGAGUCAGGGAUUAUAAUCUUAGACAUAUCCAUCCAUAACAAUCUUUUAAAGAACUUUGAAUUUUUAAAAAUUCUGAAACGCUGCUGUGAUGUGUAAAAAAAUUAUUUUCAAUUUUAAUAUCCUUGGGGAUUAUCAGGAGGAUGGGUUUCAUAAAAUUCCAAAGCAAUUUCUUGAAAGGCUUUCUUGUAAAUUGGGACAAAGUGGUAAAUUUGCUUUAAAAUUGAUGACUAUCUGACCUUUUUGACCUGUCCCACAACCUGACAGUCAGCUAAAUUUUGGGGAUUUAAGUCAGUAAAAGUAUCUACCUUAAUGCGCAGCAGUGUCUGCCUCAGCAAAGCCUUCAAACCUAAAUGAAGAUCAGUAUUUCCCACUGAGGUUUACUUCUCUCUGCACUUUAAUUCUUUUGUUGUAAACUUCUAGGUUUUAUUUGAUAGACCCAAAGUGUGACAAGCUUGAGGAGGUUCUCGGAUUGUGAUCAGUGCGACCGAUGGUGUAACAUGAGCAUGAUAAGAAAUGUAACUUGUAAAAUGAGCAAUACUUUAAAGAGAUUGUAUAAAUUAUGUAUAAAAGGUGAAAUCUUAUACUUGUUUGCUGUGAGGGGAAAAUAUUGAUUACAUAUUGAUUACAAAUUAAAAAAGUGGUUUAUUCUGCAGCAAUA